AUGAGGCGUGCGCCGGCAGCCGAGCACCUCUCAGAACUGGGCUUCCCCCCGCGCUGCGGGCGCCAGGAGCCGCCUUUUCCGCUGGGUGUCACUCGGGGGUGGAGGAGAUGGCCCAUUCAAAAGCACCGCGAGGGGGCCCGGCCUGUGCCCUUCAGUGAACGCUCGCAAGAGGACGGCAGAGGCCCGGCGGCUCGCAGCUCUGGGACCUUGUGGCGCAUCAGGACGCGGCUGCCAGUCUGUCCGGACUUGGAGCCGCCGCCGUUUUGCCUCCUGCGUGUCAGCUUCUUCUGCGCGCUCCGGGCGGGCGGCCGCGGCAGCCGCUGGGGUGAAGACGGCGCGCGAUUACUUCUGCUGCCCCCAGCCCGGGCUACUGGAAGCGGAGAGGCCGGGCCGAGCUGUGGCCCCCCUUAUGCCAGUAGGAUGCUGGAGAGCAGCGGCUGCAAGGCGGUGAAGGAGGGUGUGUUAGAGAAGCGCAGCGACGGGUUGCUGCAGCUCUGGAAGAAAAAGUGCUGCAUCCUCACUGAGGAGGGACUGCUGCUCAUCCCGCCCAAGCAGCUGCAACAUCAACCACAACCUGGACAAGGGCCGGGGCUAGCCGAGCCGUCCCAACCCGGAGGUCCUGCUGUCGCCGGCCUCGAGCCGCCGGUUAAGCUCAAGGAAUUGCACUUUUCCAACAUGAAGACAGUGGACUGCGUGGAGCGCAAGGGGAAGUACAUGUACUUCACUGUAGUGAUGGCCGAGGGCAAGGAAAUCGACUUUCGGUGCCCGCAGGACCAGGGCUGGAACGCCGAAAUCACGCUGCAGAUGGUGCAGUACAAGAACCGCCAGGCCAUCCUGGCGGUCAAGUCCACCCGGCAGAAGCAGCAGCACCUGGUUCAACAGCAGACCCGGUUUGAGGACUUGAAGUGA